AUGCCUGCAGUAAAUCUUAUCACUGCUAUCCCGAACUUCGUCUCCCCCGAAGAGCAUGCGAACAUAAUCGCGUCGACGCCAAACUCGUUUUCAGACAUCCCACCUAUUCUGAAGCACAAGGAGGAAAACGUCGCGGUCGCUCUUGAUCCACCACUCGAGAAAUUUUCAGGACAAGCGCCCACAAUAGGCACGCUUUAUGUCUUGACGAGUGUUCUCGCGUUUAUGCCCGCAUCUGGGCCUGGCUUCCAGAUCGAGUACCCUACAAUCACUCUACACGCAGUCUCGCGCGGUGAAACUGGCCCAUCACUGUACUGCCAACUGGACGAGAGCAUAGGAGCACCAAAUGGAGGAGCACCCGUAGAUGAGAACGAAGACACGGAGAUGCGCGAGUUGACGAUCGUCCCACAAAAUCCAGAGUCGUUGGACGCUAUUUUUGAGGCGCUAUCCCAGUGUGCAGCCCUCCACCCAGAUCCACACGAUGACGACGACGACGACGGUCUCAACGACGCGUUUGUCGAUCUCAACGGGUCCCCAUUCGAAACGUUCAACGGAGACGAGAACCAGGAGCUCAGUGAAGUCGGGAGGGCCGCCCUCGAGUAUAUGGAGUCGAUUAUUGACGAUCCGCAUAACCUUCGGCCCGACCUGAAGGAGGGAGGCGAUGAAGAAGAGCGGGUAGCCGAUGCGGAAACGGAAGAAAAGGCGGAGAAGGCAACGUAG